AUGGCGGCUCCCUUCAAACGCGUAUGCCAGCAGGCAGCGCGUAAUAUAUCUCAACACCACGCAGUCUCUUCACAGCGACAAUGGACGGCGCGACAAUUCUACUCCAUUUCCGCACGGAGAACAGCAGAAGCAUCAUCAUACAACCGCAACUUCGACGCAAACACGGACUCGGACGCAGAAAUGGCCGCGCUAAAGGAGACACUCCUCGACGAAUCCGAAAUUUCAUCAACCGCACACGCCGAAUUGGAGCAGCACCGCGAAUUGCGCGAGAUGGUCCGACUGGCGGCAUGGGAGAUGCCCUUGCUCGCUCAACUAUCUCGCCCAUUUGAACCACCGAAACAUAUAGAGCUGCCGCUGCGAUGGCGCUAUACAACUUACUUUGGCGAGCCCCACCCUGCAAGUCGCAAGGUGGUGGUGGAAUUCACAGUCGCACAUCUCAACCUCUCUGAAGCAGCGGCAUUGAAAUUGAAGAAGUUGGCUGGGCCACGCUAUAACCCGGAGAAGGAUGUCGUACGGAUGAAUUGUGAAUCGCUCGAGACGCAGGCACAGAAUAAGCGAUAUCUAGGUCAGACGAUUGAUAAGUUGAUCGCAGAGGCUAAAGAUACAGAAGGAGAUUCAUUCGAGGAUAUCCCGCUGGACCUUCGGCAUCACAAGGUCAAGAAACGACCGGUGUUCCCAGACGAAUGGAGAUUGACUCCGGCGCGGAAGGAGGCAUUGGAGGCCAAGCGACGAGCGCUAUUAUUGGAGGAGGGCAAACGGGUGGAACAGGACCGCGUUGUCAGUGGUGCGGCCGCCAUCGAGAAGGCCAGGCAGAUCAAACUGAGCCAGCUCGAAGAGCCUGUCAUGGCGGAGGCUAGGCAGUCGUUGCCAAAGGGCAAGCAGGGAAAGAAGGAAAUGGGUCAGAAGAGAGGAUCGAACCGAUGA